CUUCACCGAAUCGGCACUUGCCAUCUCGUUCGCCAGAUGGUUAAACAGGAGUCAUUUUUAGAAAGUACCAGUCUAGCCUCCUCUUUUACCCAACACACCGAUUCUUAAACGAAAGCCUGACCUAGUCCUCGCCCUGUGUCGCCGCAUUUUGACGUCGCUCUUGCAGAUUCUGCGACAUCUGCGUGCGGAAUCGAGAUGACCCAGAAUUGCUUGCGAAUCUGGAUAGAUUCAGCGCGCGUCUCCGAGCCAUGACGAGACGCGAUGGGAGAGGUGGGCGGGGAUGGGAAGAGUACUACGACGGAUUAGUAGUGAAUGCUGUCUUUUAGCUAGCGCCGCAAUUGUUUGAAUGGGGGGAAGAGUUGAAGUCUGUACGCUCGGAUCGUGGUUUUUUUUGUGAACGUGGAGUCAUUGGAUUCUUUUCCCUCUAUUGGUUUCCGUUUUUGAAACGUGUGCACGGCCGUGUGAGGGAUGUUGUCGUUCCGCCCCUGUUUUGAGUCUGUUGGGUGUAGGGUUUAGUAAAUGGAAGCUGCGUAGCUUCAGUGAUGCAGGUUUUUGAGCUCAAAGUUGUUUUCAGAAUUCCUGGAGAUGAUGAAAUAGGUUUAAAGAGUAAUUAAAGUGGCUUCAAGCUUUUAUGUUUUUUUGAAUAAGCUGGAGAAUGCAAUUUGAAGUUGGGAGACUGAUAGCGUUUUGGAAGUGCACCGAGUGCAACUUGGUUUCACUAACCGUUCGUUUCAGCGAGUAUGGUAGAAGAGUACCAAUCCUUAGACGUUCAGAAAUUAUAUGGUUUUCUGUUGUGCAUUCUGAUUAGUACCUCCUCCUAGUUGAUGCAAUAUAUUAAGGAUCAUGAGGAUUUCUAAACGCGCGCAUUGGGCUGCGUGGCGCCUCUACUCAUCACUUUCUCAAAAUGCAGCAAGGGUUCGCCCAUUGGCGUCCCUUCACCAAUGUGAACCUGGAUUUCUAGGUCCUCAAAGGCCUCAGGAGCGGGUGAAAGAUACUUCACCCAAGAACUCUUCAUCUAUUCCCCUGCGUCAUUUCUUGUCCUGUUCUGCAAGGAGCUGGCCCGUUUCUUAUGUUGCUGUGCCGGGGAAAAUCGUUCUCAGCAACGUUUUUUCACUUGCGAGCAGUCCACUCUCCACAGAACGACGAGUGGAGGAGGCAGAUGGAUCGGGGCAGAUGUUCGGAACUAGUGGACGUACAGAGCAGAGUCAGAACUCUGAGAGUGAAUGUAGUCCCAGUCCUCCCGUUGACACCAAAGGAGUUAACGCUUCAGGUUGGAGCAAGGAAGAGGUCGUAAACUGGCCGAACGCGAUCUCCAUCAGUCGGCUUCUAUCUGGUCCCUUGCUAGCAUGGAUGAUAACGCAGGGUUUAGCGAAAUCUGCGCUUAUCUGCUUAGUGAUAGCCGGAGGAAGUGACUGGCUCGAUGGUUACAUGGCGCGUCGGCAGGGGAUCAACUCAGUUCUCGGAUCUUACCUUGAUCCACUUGCUGAUAAGGUUCUAGUGGGUUGUGUGGCUGUAUCAAUGGCAUAUUCUGGUCUCUUACACCCUGCCUUGGUUGCGCUGAUUGUAGCCCGUGAUGGUGCCCUUCUGGUUGGCUCUUUCGUCUACCGUGCAUAUUCACUCCGUUGGCAGUGGUCAGGCUUGGGGGAGUUCUUCAAAAUUGGAAAAGGUGGUGUGGAGAAGGUUGAACCUCUAUAUAUAAGCAAGGUGAACAUGGUGCUGCAACUGGCGCUUGUUGGCACUGCUCUCAUGCUCCCAGCCUUGGAGAUGCAGGAUACAUAUUCCCUUGUCCCUAUUCUGAGCUGGUCAGUGGUGGCAACUACGACACUGUCCUGGGCAGGAUAUGGUUGGAUAUAUUUUCGAAGACCAGUUCCAACGCUACUUGGUGGAGUUACACACCUUCCUCAGCGGGCAAAUACUCGUGUUGCUGGACCAAGCUCUCGGAAGAUGGAAACUUUUAAUCGUAGUUGAGUGCACAGAAUAUAUAGUAUUAUGCAAUGGAUGAUAGCAAGAACCAGGCUGCGUUGUAUAGCUUUUAUUUUGUGAGCUAAAUACUAUCUUAGGUAGCGCCUUAAUUGAGCACGUCUUCGUUAUCUUCAUUCCUGGCUUUUAUUCUUAAGUAAAAUCGCUGAGUGGAAAGAUCCACAUGUAUUGGACGGGGAUUCCAAUGCCUCAAGUUCUGCUUAAAAUUGAAGCAGUGGGAGGAGAAGAUCCAGCGGCUUUGUAGGGUCUGCUUCCAAAUCCUAGUUUUGGUUUCGCCUUAUCAAAUACAAUUUGAUUUACAUAUCAAAAUGGCGUUUUCCAGGCCCGUCUUUUUUUUA